UUCAGUCAAAUGAUAUGCAAAUUUGUACUCGUUAUCUCUAUUGAGUUUCCUCCUAUAUAACUCAAAUCCAUCAGAGAAAGAAAUCAUCAAAUAAAAACACACAUCAACUAAUUGAAGAGCUCUUUUAUUAACACUAUGGCUUCAUCUAAAAUCUUCUUCGUCGCUUCUCUCCUCAUAGCUCUGAUGUUCCCCUCCAUGAUCACUUCAAGCCGCGCCGCACAACAAUUUACGGAGAAACAAAAGUUAAAACCGAAAUUUUUUAGACCCCAUUUCCCUCAAUUUCCAAGACCCGGCUUUCCAAGCAAUCCAACAGUACCCAGUUUUCCUCAGUUUCCAAGACCCAGUUUUCCAACUAAUCCUAUGCCGUUCCCUCAAUUUCCGAGACCCGGUUUUCCGAGCAAUCCUACACCCGGUUUUCCUCAGUUUCCGGGGCAAGGUUUUCCAAAAUUCCCAUUCCCAUCUCCUUUCCCUCAAUUUCCGAAACCCACAAUGCCUGGAUCGCCCGCUCCGCCCCUCUCUACUCCCCCUCUCUCCCUGCAACUCCGACUUCCAUCCCUUGAGUUGUCUCCUCCAAACUUAAACUCUUUGUUUCAAUUAUUGAAACCAAACUCAUUGGCAUAUGUGAAGAUUAUCAUCAACAUAAGCUAACUGGCUAUAUAUUGCUGGCUGUAGGAUUGAUGAGUAUUGACUGUAACAUUACUCAGUUUUUUAACUU